CAAAGUUAAGCGUGCAGACAAUGGUGGCGGCGUCUGACUUUGGCCUACAUUUCUUCAAGGGAAGAUUUCCCCCGAUUUGCGAUGCGUGGGAGGGUUGCGCUCGCGUCUCAUCGUUUACGUCUCGCCGACACGGCGGGAGUGUUUGCUGCUCCACGUUGGCAGAGGGGAAGGAUGGCGUUUGAGCAAUCUUGACGCAGCCCGACAGGCCUGCGCCAAAUCCUCUGGAGUUCCGCCGACACGAUUUAAGAACCUUUUGUGCACGGAGUCGGUCGCCAUUGAAUAUUUGUUGUCCUCGUUCCAUGAAACGCUCCUCUCCAAACCUCCUUGGAUAUUCGCUCGCUAUAUGCGGUGGGCCCGGAUUGUCGGCGGUGCAGCGGAUGAGGCGUCGCUUGAGGUUUUGGGGCGAGGCGGCGGGCGCCUUUGUGACGACACGGCUCACGGCUCGAGGCCGUCUUUUUGUCCGGUAGACCAGGUGUCGCGAGAUGAUCUGCUCGUGUUCUAUUAAAACCCAGACUGGGAGGGCAGAAGCUGAACACUUGUAAUCCGAUUUCGCUUUGACAUGAGCUCCGAGGAUCAGGCGCCGCUCGCCCGUAGUCGCCUAUUGGAAGCGAGGAAUUAAGGCGCCAGCUUGAUGCCCAAACAAAUCACAGAUGAUGAGUGGAAAAUGCGCCGGCGUCUCAUUGAGGAAUGCUGACCGGUCAUCGGGCUGGAAAGGGAAUCGCAGGGAAUAGAGUUCCGUAAGGCAGGCACCGGAGAAAGUUUCAGCUCGCUUCUGUCGUCGGGAGAGCGAGCCGCCUGACGGCUGUGUGAAUCCUCCUCACGGCUCAAAAGGAGAGCGGAAGCCACAGAUGAGAAGGAUGUCGGACGAGGCGGAGCGGAGAGCGCGCGACGAGGACUUUUGCGUGGACGAGGAGGCGGACGCGGAGGACAACGGCGGCGAGCUGGCGGACCGGCUGAAGGAGCUGGAGGCAGAAAAUUCAGCACUGAUGCUGGCGAAUGAGAGUCAGAGAGAAGCGUACGAGAGAUGCCUGGAUGAGGUGGCCAACCACGUGGUCCAAGCUCUGCUCAACCAGAAGGACCUGAGGGAAGAAUGCAUCAAGUUGAAGAUGCUGGUGUUCGACCUGGAGAAACAGAACCGAGCGCUUUGUGAGCUUUUUCAGCAGAAGCUGCCCAAUCAUCCCACUGCGCACUACCAGGUCCAGGCAGGACCCCUCCCAGUCUGCAAUGCAGAACUGCACGGUGACUGUGCCAAGCAUUUGGAGGCCGCUCAGACCGAAGCGCAAGCCAAGGUCUUUCGUGAUGCUGAUGGAAUUCCCUUUCUGUCCUGUCCAAAGGGGAACGGUUACCGCACUCAGCACGUCUCACCGGGCUCUCGGGGCCCCGCCGCCUCCAUGGAGGCUCUUUCUCCCUUCUUUAAGAAGAAAGCACACAUCCUGGAAGUCCUGCGCAAGAUGGAGGAGACGGACCCUCUCAAGUUCCACCCGGCCACGGCGAGCUUGUCUUUCUGCGACUACAGCCAGGUGCUCGUGUCCACAGAGGCCGUUUUGGCCUCGGCGGACCAGCUGCAGCGCAAAUCCCAGCACACGCGCUGCCAUUGCUCCCGCGCAGAUGCCGACACACUCCGACACGUCAACGGGGACGGGGCGCUGAUGUGUGAGGGGGGGGACACCUGCUGUUUACACUGCAAGAGGAACCCAGACGGGCCUCUGAAGCCAUCCGCCACCCAGAGCUGCGCUGCGCCCGCAGCUGCCACCGCCGAAUGUCACGCGAAUAGCCGAACGACGGAAUGUGUACCGCUACCCAAACAAUGCGCCGAGAAUGACUGUCACCCGAAACCGGCAAACGGUGCUGCCGAUCUGAGCCCGGAGGAAAUGGAGGACAGAGAUGAACUCACCGGCUUCUGUCCAGCCCCUCAGCUACCCGGUUCAGAAGGCGUCCAGAUCUCCCGCUGUGACCCCGAGGCCGGCGAUGGCGUCCCCACCGGCCCUUCCCUCGACGCCACGUCCGACGACAACUCCUCCGUCCCUGAGAAGGACGGCGCGGAUCUGGAGGCCCGCACUGUGCGAGCCGGCGCUUCCGUGAGCCCGAUCCCCUCCUGUUUCAGUGACGUCAAAGCUGCCGCCGUCAACUCGCCGUCCAAACUUCUCAAGUUCCUGAAGAUCCCCUCCAUAGGGGACAGGUGUCAGGCCUCGAGUCCCGCCGUCCGCUUAAGCCCCCAACUCACCCGUAGCUCCAGGAUCCCUUGUCGCACCAAUAACUACGAAGUGUACCACUCUCCUGUUCCCACCCGUCGAGCCACCACCACAGAGCGGUGCAGGCAGCCGCCGCCGCCGCCCACCAGGUCUGAGUCUUACCCCGCAACCCACUCCACCCCGACCCCCCACCCCCAACCUGAAGACACCUGCCUCCCCCCAGCUAAAGAUGUGAGUUUCAGCAGCUUAUCUCCAUCCAAAACUAAGAUGGUUGCUCCCUCGUCCUCCCCCAAAGUAGCUCAGAGUAUACCGCAUUAUGAAAACAUAUGUGACUUGUCCAGUAACCCACAAGUGGAGGAGCCCCCUCACGCUCUCGAGAAAAGAACCACUCUUCCAUCUCAAACGAAAACCAACGGUGCCGAAAGGAAACAGGUCAAAUCUCUUCCCGAAAGUGUCCUCGGUGCCUCUCCCCAGCGAAAACAGUCAUCGUCCUCUACGUCUGAGUCCACAUCAGAGGAUGAAGCGGAUUCCGACAGUCCCGUGUGGGUGAACCAUCACAGCCUACCCAACUCAUCGGCCCUCGCCGACGCUCAGUGUAGCGCCGACUUCUCGCAAAUCCCAGAGGACGUCAUUGCACAGAGCUGCGAGGCUAACCAGCCACCGCCGCCUCCAGCCAGAAGAAACGACUCGUCUUCCAUCCCUAAGAGGCCUGCGGCGGGCGCGGCGAGGUCUCAAGCUGAUUCCGGUCACCACCCGUUCAAAGACAGGCUGGCUGCGCUGGGCAAGCUGAGGAGCUCGGAGGAUUUACAGGCGGCCGUAAGGUCGCUAGGCGCGGCGAACGAGGCAGCCGAGGACAGCAAGACGGAGCAAAGACAUUCAAAGUGCACAGAUUCUUUGGAUGGGAAAGCAUGGGGUAGCAGCGGGGGGCUGAAGUACCCAGGCUCCUCUCAGCUUUAUGAACAAGGAGGAAAAUCCACAAAUUCAAGUCUGGUCAAACAGGAGCUCUGUGUGAGCUCCAAGAGCAAGAUCGGGCUACCGUCACCUAAUGCCGACGCUCCGCAGGUACUGCGUAACAACAUCAAGUGUCCUGGCUCGCUCAAUCUGUCCUACAAUGUGAAACCUGGUCCUCAAAGUAGCAACAGUCCCAACAAAGUCCCCCCAAAGUCUCCGUCCAAACCUUGCCAGGGUCCCUCCAUCCACAGAGGAGGCAAACCCACAGAUACCCCGCGGUACUCCUCCAAGUCAGAGGAGAGAGCCAAAAUCAGCGGCAAAGGCAAAAAGAAUCCGAUGUACGGAGACAGCCUCCCGCCGCCUCCUCCCAGGCCUCCGACAUCCGAAGGGGAAAAAGCGCCACCGCCUGUGCCCAGUCCGCAGUCGGCCAUAGAGCAGAAAGUGAUGAAGGGCAUCCGGGAGAACGUGCUCAAACUCCAAGAGCAGGACCGAGGGGUGCAGACCAGCGAGGCCAAGCAGAAGGCGUCCAACGGGAUCGCCAGCUGGUUCGGACGCAAGAAGAGCAAGCUGCCCGCCCUGAGCCGCAAGGCGGACGCCGCCAAAGCCAAAGAGGAGAAACGGGAAUGGAAGAUUAACAUCCCCUCGGUGGGCAAGGACUCUGUAAAGAUGACCGGCAGGUGUCGAGAAGGGGUGGAAGGUCUGAACAUCUCCACGCUGAUGGAGAAGGCGGAGGGAUUGCGGAGGGCGCUGGAGGAAGAGAGGGCGUACGUAGAGAGGUCGGGCAGGGGUCACUCGUGCGAGGUGGUGAUGGACCAGGCUCAGGGACAGCUGGCCGUCAUGUAUCGGGGCGGGCGCUCCGACAACUUCAUGCAACAGCUGCUGAACAGAGUGGAUGGCAAGGAAGCCUCAGGCGUGCCGCAGCGGAGGCUCUCGUUCGACUGCAAGACUUCCAGGCCUGCGUUCGCUCAGCAAAGCGACAUGGUCAUCGGUCACACCGGCGGCAGGGACAACGUGGAAAAGGCGUCGCGUCGACUGGGCAAGAUCACGUCAGACGAGAACCUCGUGGAUUCAGUUCACUCGCAACACUUUGCAGGUUCCGGCGCUUCCACGUACACGCUGGACAGCGGAAUCGGCACGUUCCCGCUACCCGACUGCGGCGGCGGCGGGGCGCCGGCUCGGGGCCUGUCCAAGACCACGGCCGAGGGGCGCCCCUCGGGCUCGCCGGGGAGGUCCGGGCGACGGGCCCGCACCUUGGACCGGGAGCCCACGCCGCAGGAGGAGCGCUGCGCGGCGGCGGCGCAUAAGCGGGCUCUUCCCGACGCGGCGCAGCACGGCUCCAAGACGGAGGGAAGGGCGGCCGGCGUCGUCGGGGAAGACAAAGAGGCCCACGGAGCGCAUGUGUUCUCGCCUCGCUCCAAGACGUGGACCUUCGCCAACCUCAAGACUCCGGCGGGACCCGCAGACGUGUACCUGGCCGUGGAGGAGGAAGAGGAGGAGGUGGUGUCCUUCGGCACGCCCUUCAGAGCGAACUUGAAAGCCAGCGGUCCGUCUUCCAGCCACGCGGCGGAGCCCGGCGGCUCGCCCGGCCCGGGCCAGUCGGGAAUGAGCCGCCGGGGGAAGUACCGCGCCCCCGGCGUUCCGGAGAUGAGCCGGGAGGCCGGGCUGGAGCUGCUCAGGGAGCGGCCGGAGGAAGCGCCGUCGCCCGGCCGGCCGCGGGUUCCCGAGACGCCCGAGUCCCUGAGCGACUCGCUCUACGACAGCCUGUCGUCGUGCGGCAGCCAAGGAUGAUCGGCGCGCCGGAGAAUCCAGAUUGCCAAAUCGCAAGCGGGCGAGGACGAGACUUCUCCUCAGGAUCUCCGGAGCGCAAAAUGACGGCAGUCCUGCAAACGCGUGGGCCAGCUGACCAAUAGCACAAGAGGCAUCCAGCUCGAGAGUUUCUCUCAUCGUUCUGGUUCUUUUUGUGCAUCCAGGAUGCUCAUCUUUUCACGACAUGUACUUGGGGCAGCGCAUCUGAAGUAAAAAAACAAAGAAUGUUCAUCUGAUUUUUUUUUUUUCCCCCAUGUUAAAAGCGGUCACAUUUUCAAUGUAAAAAUGACUAUUGAUCAUGUUGAUUUUAAUUUUGCGACCUCAGAAUUUUGUCAGAAAAUGUCUGUUUGAAGCCAUAAUCCAUUUAAAGGUAAUAUAUACCAGCAAUAAUAUCGAGAAAUGGCUACGCCAUUCAAUAUUUCUAUUAUUUAUUUGAAAUGUACGUCUCCUCCCCUAGUUGAGUUCAUAUUUUCCAAUUUCAACACAUUGCUGUUCAGCCACUAGAUAGCAGCUCCCCUGUACGUACUGCCCUUUUUCAACUUUCUAUUAAAAGCUUUUCAUUUCGUU